AUGGAGAGUCCCUCUGAUGUGGAAUCUGUGGUGAACAGGGUGAUGAACAAGCUGUCUCCCCUACAUGACAAGAUCUACUGUGCUCUGUCAGGCUCUGCAGCUGACGCUCAGACCAUCGCAGAGAUAGUCAACUACCAGCUCGAUGUCCACAGUAUUGAGAUAGGUGAGGACCCCCAGGUUUGCUCAGCUGCCACUCUGGUGAGAAACAUCUCUUACAAGUACAAGGAGGAGCUGUCAGCACAUCUCAUUGUGGCCGGCUGGGACAGAAGAGACGGAGGACAGCUCUGUCGUUGGCUAUGAACCGUGAUGGCUCCAGUGGUGGCGUGGCCUAUAUGGUCACCAUAGAUGAACACAGCACAG